CAUUUGAAAAACCUUUCCUGCUGGCUGGGCCGUCCUGGAUCUCCUUGUUGUCAGCUUCGGCUGUGAGGGGCUCUGGGCUGCGGGAUCUGAGGGAGCUGCCGCCAACGCCACCGUCCUUGGUCUCCGAAAUAAGGCUCAGGCCGCCUCCUGGGUUAUCUCCACCUGAAGACCCUGAGGAAUCAGGACUGGCUUCAGCCAGUGGGAGGUGGCGAGGGGUGAUGUUUCGGCUGCAGGAGGCCCCCUAGGUGGCGGGCAAAGGUGAGGUGGUGGGGGCGGGAGAGCAGGAUGGAGCUGGUGGUCUGGGGGCCCGGGCAUCACCCCUCACCGCUGAGCAUCGGCCCUCAGCCCCCCGAGAGGAUGCCCCGAUCCUGGACGUGAGCAGCCCGCCCCCGGCUCCCUGGCCCGCACCCUCCAUUUCCCCGCGGCCCCGCCGGGCGGCCCUGGCCGGGGGAGCCGAUGCGUUUCCCCUCCUGGUUGCCGAGCGACGAGGGAGGACCAGGCCGGACUGGGGUGCCAUGCCAGCCAAGGGCAAGUACUUUUUUAACGACGGCGAAGACUGGAAGAUCAAAGACACGCUGUACGAGAAGUACCGCUACACAAGCCAGCACUAUCCGCUCUUGCUCAUCUUCCUCACCAUCGCUAUCGUUUUUUCCCUGGUCCUGAUUGGGGUCUUCUUUUCCUGCCCGAAACAGAAAAUCGAAGAUCAUCUCGCCUUUACCGUGACAGUCUUCACGACCCUGAUCAUCUUCGGGGUCAUUUUGGUGCUUGUGUACAUCGAGUCCUUGUUCCGGAGAUGGCUCAGGUUCUUUGCCGGGCUCACCUGGAUGUGCUUCCUGAGCUUGGGCUGUGUGCUCACCUUUGACUCGGGGAAGAAUGGGAACAUCUGCGUCUGGGAGCAGGUCCCGUUCUUCUUGUUCCUGAUCUUCACAGUAUACACCAUGCUGCCCUUGGGGAUGAAGGAUGCCAUCAUCGUCAGCAGCGUCUCUGCCAUGUCCCACCUGCUGGUCUUUGGCAUCAGGCUAUGGGGAAUGGGCUUCUGGAACCAGCUGGCCGCCAAUGCCAUCAUCUUCCUCUGCGGGAACGUGGUGGGAGCCUUCCACAAGCACCAGAUGCAGGACGCCUCCCGCCACCUCUACCAGCACACGCUAAAGUGCAUCCAGAUUCGCAGGAAGCUGAAGAUUGAGAAGAGGCAACAGGAAAACCUGCUGCUGUCGGUGCUGCCGGCCCACAUCUCCAUGGGCAUGAAGCUGGCCAUCAUCGAGCGGCUGAAGGAGAACAAUGACACCCGCCACGCACCCGACAACAACUUCCACAGCCUCUACGUCAAGAGGCACCAGAACGUGAGCAUCCUGUACGCGGACAUUGUGGGCUUCACCCGGCUGGCCAGUGACUGCUCCCCCAAGGAGCUGGUGGUCAUGCUUAAUGAGCUGUUUGGAAAGUUUGACCAGAUUGCCAAGGAGAACGAAUGUAUGCGGAUCAAGAUUCUCGGGGACUGCUAUUAUUGUGUCUCCGGCCUGCCCGUGUCUCUCCCCACCCACGCUCGCAACUGUGUGAAGAUGGGGUUGGACAUGUGUGAGGCCAUCAAGCAGGUGAAGGAGGCCACGGGGGUGGACAUCAGCAUGCGGGUCGGCAUCCACUCGGGAAACGUGUUGUGUGGCGUCAUCGGCCUGCGGAAGUGGCAGUACGACGUGUGGUCCCAUGACGUCUCCCUCGCUAACCGCAUGGAGUCCGCAGGCGUCCCUGGCCGGGUGCACAUCACUGAAGCCACCCUGAGCCACCUGGACAAGGAAUACGAGGUGGAGGAGGGAAAUGGGCAGCUGCGGGAUGCCUACCUGAAGGAAAUGAAUAUCCAGACCUACUUGGUGAUCGAUCCGAGGCAGCGCAGGCAGCCACUCCCGGCCCACCCCCAACACCUGCCCAAGCCGAGGGUCAACGAUGCCCUGAAGAUGCGGGCAUCCGUCCGCAUGACGCGCUAUCUGGAGUCUUGGGGGGCCGCCCGGCCAUUUGCCCACCUGAACCACCGGGAGAGUCUGAGCAGCGAGGUCUCCAUUCCCGGCGGCAAGAGGACCAACGCCAUCCCCUUGCAGGCUAUCGGUCGUCGGAGGGCAGCUGACAGAGACAGGGCCCCAGGGGACCGGGCCGAAGACAACUCCUAUGAUGAGGAGAUGAUGUCUACCAUCGAGGGGCUCAGCUCAGCCAAACCGUGCUGCAGCAAGUCAGGAGACUUCUGCGCAGUCGGGAUGUUCUUCGUGGAGAAAGGCUUGGAGAAGGAGUACCGCUUCAUGCCUGUCACUGAGGUCCGCAACUACUUCGCCUGCGCCAGCUUCAUCUUCCUCUGCCUCCUCUUCAUACAGCUCCUGGUGAUGCCCAAAAAUGCAGAGUUGGGCACCUCGUUUGGGAUCGUCGCCGUCCUCCUCCUGCUUGUCCUGGGGGUCUGCUUCUCUGACAGAUGCCUGAGGUUCUGCCCCCAGUGGUCUUCCCUACAGCGACUCGGGGCCCUCUCCAAGAAGGUGGAGGGGAUGCCAGUGGUGCGCCUGGUCUUGGAGGUCCUGACUAUCGGCAGCCUGCUGGUCAUUGCCAUCUUCAACCUGCCCCCGCAGCCAAAUGGAAACCUGACGAGUCAGUGUCCCGCCGGGGAGAACGUCUUUUACUCUACCCCACAGCCGGUUGGAAACCUGACGAGCCUGUGUCCUGCCCGGGAGAACAUCUUUUACCCUUAUUACACCUACAGCUGUAUCCUGGGCCUCAUCGCCUGCUCCGUGUUUCUCCGUAUGAGCCUGGAGCUUAAGGUGUUGUUGCUGACGGUGGCAGUCAUCGCUUACCUUGCCCUCUUCAAUACCCACCUACCGGAAGAGGCCUGCGGCGCCUGCUGGCCCGCUCACAACCAAACCAACGCCAGUAGCGCCAACACCACCUCCAGUUAUCCUCUUUUUGUGAACGAUCUGAGAAUUAUGAUUAAUUUGUACCUGGUCCUGUUUUAUGUUACCCUUAUCCUGCUGUCCAGACAGAUCGACUACUACAGCCGUCUGGACUACCUGUGGAAGAACAAGUUCAAGAAGGAGCACGAGGAGUUUGAGACCAUGGAGAACGUGAACCGGCUGCUGCUGGAGAAUGUGCUGCCCGCCCACGUGGCCGCCCACUUCAUCGGGGACAAGUUGAAUGAGGACUGGUACCACCAGUCUUACGACUGCGUCUGUGUGAUGUUUGCCUCGGUCCCGGACUUCAAAGUGUUCUACACCGAAUGCGACGUCAACAAAGAAGGGCUGGAGUGCUUACGCCUGCUCAAUGAGAUCAUCGCUGACUUUGAUGAGCUGCUGCUAAAACCCAAAUUCAGCGGUGUGGAGAAGAUUAAAACCAUCGGCAGCACCUACAUGGCGGCCGCGGGGCUGAGCAUCACCCCUGGGCAUGAGAACAAUCAGGAUCAGGAGCGGCAGCACGCCCACAUUGGCAUCAUGGUAGACUACAGUAUCGCCCUCAUGAACAAGCUGGAUGGAAUCAACCGCCAUUCCUUCAACAGCUUCCGGCUCCGGGUUGGGAUCAACCACGGGCCAGUGAUUGCAGGAGUCAUCGGGGCCCGCAAGCCUCAGUAUGACAUCUGGGGCAACACGGUGAACGUGGCCAGCAGGAUGGAGAGCACGGGGGAACUGGGAAAGAUCCAGGUGACUGAGGAGACAAGCAGCAUUUUGCAGGGGCUGGGCUACUCGUGUACGUGUCGGGGGCUCAUCAACGUCAAGGGCAAGGGCGAGCUCUGCACCUACUUCGUCUGUACUGACACGGCCAAGUCCCAAGGCGGCGGCGGCGGGCUGAACUGAGGAGCUGCAGCAUCCUGGAAGACCACAGAGGCUGAUUGCCACUGACGUGGGACCCACCCGGGACUUGGUCUGGCAGGGUCUCCUCCUGCUCGCCAGUCCCACCUGGACCGCUGGGACCGAGCUGCGGAGCCCUCAAGAGCAAAGCCCCCGUGGGGCUUCUCAGAAGGAGUAGGUCUCGCCUCAGGAGCACCGACUCUGAGCGCCAUAAGGUCACGACGGGCGAGCACCUGACAGGAGUUUGUCCAAGUCGGAGCGACACUGGACUACAUCUGUUGGGGCAGGAUGUUGUGACCUCCUUGGGACCCCUUCCAGCUCCAAGGCUGAAACCUUGGCUGAAUGGAAGAAAACAUAUCCACAGGCAUUUUCUUGCCUAGGGGAUUUGAAAUGCCAGCAAGUAAGUUUUAAAGACAGUCACAAAACAGGCCUUGCUGACCCUUCCUUAGGGUUCAUGUUGCGUUUUCAGUAGACACAGGGUUAAUACAGAGACUUUUUGAUUCUCACCCUUCCCCGGCUGCCGAUCUAACGGGUGAGUUUUUGCCUGUCCAUCUGAACUGGAGCUAUGACGACCAGAGCGCCCGGAAGUGGGGAGAGGAGUCUCCUCCUCGGUUCUGGAACUGGUGAGGUGGCACCUGCUUGCUCUCCCUGUCCUUCCCCUUCCUCACCACCUCCCCUCCCCAUCACCACUCUUCAGGCUGUGAGUUUGUUUUCAGCCAACCCAAGAGAUGUCACUGGGAAAACUGCAGAGGUCAUGAUCCUGGCCGGGAGCCAGGCUGGUGCUUGCUGGGGCAAAAAGUUGUUCAUUAGUGGUAUUUAUUGAGUGCUUACUGUAUGCAGAGCACUGUACUAAGUGCUGGAGAAUACAGUACCCUAAGUUGGAAGACACGUUCCCUGCUCAUUGGAAGUGAGUUGGGUGGGUGCAGCUGAGGAAAAGAAAAUACCGUGUUUACUUGCAUAAUUGCCCCACUUUUGCAACAGGGGAUGGGCUAUUAUCGGGGAGGUUGUCUUAAGAAUAGAGAUAAUGGGAGCAGGAGGAAAGGAGGGGAAGAAAGACGAGAAAGGUGAGGGGGCACUUGGGAAAGCAUUCUCCUCUGGCCCCUGCCUGGAUCCAAGGAUUUUUUUAAAUGUUCUGAUAUGUCCAAGAAACUUCCCUGCUGCUUUUGCUCUUUCUAAACACUUCUCUUUCUAUCCCAGGAUGUGCUGCUCUCGCUGCUUCCAAAAAUGAUCUUGUAUUUCCUCUUCAAAAAUCAGGGUUGCAGGGGGUCAUGUGAGUAAAUGAAACCUGCGGUGGUAGUGAACUGCCUUCCCCGGCAGGGAUUCUGCCCAGCUAACAAGCCUCCCGAGAUGUGGGGUCCAGUCCCCGCCCCCACCUCCCCUGCACCCCAGCAGGAGUGGGGGACGAGCCGAGAAGGAAUCUUCCCUCUCCCAGCUGUUUGGUAGUCCACCAGGCCAGGGCUGGCCUUCCCUGGAGCAGGAUUCAGCAAGUGAGCCCAGCCCCAGUUCUCAAACAGUGAGCAGCACGGGGAGGGUUUUGCUGAUUUCCCGGGUGGCACCAGCUGCAUGCUGCAAGGGAACAGAGGCCAUGACUCUUUCUGUUCCUGGUCUAAACUGAUGUCUCUGCAAACAGAACUAAACCAACAGCACAAGCUGUUUUCUUUAUGAUUAAAUGUAGUGCUUUCUGCUCUAAUCCAGAAGGGACCAUUUUUCUCUUUUUAAACAAACGGAAGUUAGGACAGUUCCAGAAGUACUUCGGCUGACUGUAACUCCCAUGGUUGCCCAAUAAGAAUCCUUUUCUGAACUCCAAGCAAAGGGAUUUUUUGUUUAAAUGGUAUUUGUUAAGCACUUACUAUGUGCCAGGCACUGUAUUAAGCGCUGGGGUAGAUUCAAGGUA